ACCUAAUAAUAUAGUAACUUACUACUUUGCACCAUAACCCACCCUUUCAUUCCAUUCUUCUUCCAUCUACUCAACUUCCCCCCUGUGUGUGUGUGGGCGGGGCGCGUCUUACAAUUCCCUCUACGUCACCGUAUUCAGCUUGCCUGGCCAUGUCAACAUGAAGCUCUUCACUCCAAUAGUCACAAUUAUUUGGGUGGUAACCUGCGCCUUCGCCGCAUCUGCGGACCCCAGCAAGUUUGAGAAAUACCAAUCGCUUUCCCGCCAGAGGCCCCUUGAUCUGGAUGAUUCGUCGUAUGAGGACUUGACUUCGAAACCCCGAGACUAUCACGUUGCAGUUAUCCUGACGGCCACGGAUGUGCGAUACGGAUGCAUCUUAUGCCGCGACUUCCAGCCGGAGUGGGAGCUCAUCGCCCGCAGUUGGAACAAAGGCUCAAAACCCGAGGAGCUCAAGCUGCUCUUCGCUACCCUGGAUUUCAGCCAAGGCAAGGCUACGUUUCAAAAGUUGAUGCUCCAAACCGCUCCUGUUGUCCUGGUUUUUCCUCCGACCGUUGGUCCCUUUGCCAAGGUGGACGAUUCCCCUCUAAGAUUCGACUUCAGCGGUCCGAUUUCCGCCGACCAAUUGUACACGUGGAUUAAUCGACACCUGCCGGACGGCUCGAAGCCACCGCUCGUCCGCCCCAUCAACUACAUGAGACUGAUAUCUGCUGUCACGCUGCUGAUGGGCGCGUUGACUAUGUUCACUGUCCUGUCUCCUUACGUUCUACCAAUCAUCCGAAAUCGGAAUUUGUGGGCGGCAUUCAGUCUGAUUGCCAUCCUGUUGUUCACUAGCGGUCAUAUGUUCAACCAUAUUCGUAAAGUACCGUAUGUUGUUGGUGACGGCAAAGGCGGCAUCAGUUACUUCGCGGGCGGGUUUUCCAAUCAGUUUGGAAUGGAAACGCAGAUUGUGGCUGCUAUUUAUGCCGUCCUCUCCUUCGCCACAAUUGCCUUGGCGAUGAAGGUUCCUCGGAUCGCGGAUAACAAGGCGCAGCAGGUCGCCGUGGUUAUCUGGGGAACCGUGUUGCUUGGUAUGUAUAGUUUCCUCCUGAGUGUUUUCAAGGCCAAGAACGGUGGAUAUCCUUUCUUUUUGCCGCCGUUCUAAGGUCCAAUGCCCCUGGCUGUUCGAGGCGCGUGGAGUCGCCGACAGGCUAUGGGGUUAGUACUGGUGAUUGCUCGAGCCUGGCUAGCUGUAUUUGGGGUACUCUAGAUUCGGAUAUAACUUUCAAGCUAGCAAAAUGCAAGGCAUCUUGAGGACAGCCUGG